AUGCACUGGAUGACGAGCCAUCAGGAGGCGGCGAUGGCCAGAAAAGAGCCCGCUUGGAAACAUCUGAACAUGAGGAAACGGCGAGGCUUGCGUGUCCCUACUUCAAGAAGACCCCGCAACGGUAUUGCACUUCAAAGUGGCGAUCGUGUCCCGGUCCAGGUUGGAACACCGUUCACCGCGUUAAAUGAGAGAUGCGAAAUCAAGGACCAGCCACAACUUGAAGGUUUUAACUCGACCCAAGAGAAGCUGCUGCGAAAGCGUAGUAAGAGAACCAAGCAUCUCACUGAAGCGGACAAAUGGCGGGAUGUGUAUCUCAUCUUGUUCCCCGAUACUGGCCCAGAGGACAUACCAAGCCCUUAUCUUGACUUUGGAGGCAACGCAAGCACUAGGGAAGCAGAAUCCGCUUUCGAUCGGUAUGAGAGAUACUUGCGGCGGGAGCUACCUAGAAGAGUUCGACAAGAGCUGGAAAUUCGGAUCGAUCAGGCCCUCGAACCGCUGGAAGAGAACCUGAAAAGUCAAAUCGUUGACAUUGUCAGGGACGCUCAGCUGGCGCUGUUCCAAAGCUUCGUGUCUGAGCCUACCAACUCAACCAUGAGAAUCGAACAAGGCCACGAUGAAGAUCCCACGACUUUAGUGGCAGGAACGGCAUCUUCAUCUACUGACAACCAUUUGGUGUUUGGUGGCCAGCUCGAAGCACUAAGGCCUCCGCCCUACGUGGAGGAAGAACUGGUCGACUUCAAUGGUCUACUGUUUGGCCUGCCAGAUGGACAAUCAUUCCAAGAGCAGCCGGUAGCUGAUGAUUUCUUCGGGACGAUUAACUUUGGCGGCAAUACGAUAUCCGUUCAACACAACACGGCAAUGGAUUUUCGAGCCUUUCCAUUGAGCGAUGACGAGUCAGCGUACGUAUCGAUGUCUCUAUCAUCCGGGUCACGUUUCGAGGUGGACGGCAUGGACAAACAAUAA